AUGUUUGGGGGAACUAAUUAUAUUGAUAAUAUACCUAUUGCAUUUAAGCUUGAUUUACUUCAAAAUAAGUGAUUUAAGUUACCUUCAACUUCAGUGGUAAUUACUCAUUGCUCUAUGGAAAUCUUUAAAAAUUCUAUAAUUAUUAGUGGCCGCCAUGUAUCAAAUAUAUUUAAAUAUGAUUUAAAUAUUGAAAGCCAUUCAGAUCUUUAUUUACUCUGCCAUCCGUGAGCAAACAAAAUUUUUUGUUCACUCAUGGGAGGGGGUUAAUUUUGCUUUAAAAAAUUUAUAUAUAAACUUUAUAAAAAAACAUUUUUUUAUGGAAUUUAAAAAAAUCCCCAAUUCGCAAAAAUCGGAAAGCAAAUAUUAAUUUUAAUUUGUAAAAUUUAUGAUUUUAAUGCAAUUGUUUAAAUUAGCUAGAGAUUUCAUUGCACUAAUUGUUAGUAACAUAAUUUUUUUUUUCAUAAAAAAUUUGGAAGCACACAAGGAGGGUGGGUUUUUGGGGAAAAGUAGGUGCUUUCCCAAAGAUUUUGCUAGCUCACGGAGGGAAGGAGUUAGAAGAUCUUGAUUUAGAUACAUAUAAAGGAAUAUUUUCAGGAGGGUCAAGAUUAUAUAUUUUUCAGAAUUCUAAUUUCAUUUAUGAGAGUGAAAUAGAUAAUGACUAUGAAUGAAAUAAGAUUGGAAAUUUUAAUUAUGAAUUUUCUAUGUUUCCAUUCAAAAAAUUCAAUGAUGGAUCAGUUUUUAUAAGCUUGUCUUAUAAGGCGAAGCUGAUGCUUUAUAAAUUUGAUUUGAAACACAAAAAUUUUAAAAAAUUGAAAGAUAUUAAAGGUAAGUAA